UUGGCGAUGCCGGUGCGGCGCACAUUGUAUUUCCGCCAUUAUUUGAAAGUAGGUUUUUGUAGCUAGCUAGCACCGCCAGCAUUAAUGUUACACGUAUUUCGGUUGUAGUACUGAAUCCCGUGAUUUUCCACGUUAUAGCUAUACGGUGUAUAUAUAUAUCACUGGUAUCCUGUAGCUAAUGGAGUUCCAAGGUACGGAGCCAAUGACUUUGGGGUCUCCUACCUCCCCCAAGUCUGGACCGGGUGCACAGUUCUUGCCGGGGUUCCUGAUGGGUGACACCCCGGCACCCGUCACCCCUCAGCCACGAUCCUUCGCUGGGAGUGCAGCCGGGCUGGAAAUGAGACCGACUGGGCUGGCAGGUGGGUCCCCCCCACAACCUGUGGUCCCCACGCCGAAAGAUAAGAGCGGGGCCCCCCCGGUGAGGAGUAUAUAUGAUGACAUCACCAGCCCAGGCAUAGGCGCGUCUCCCCUCAGCCUACGCAAGCAGCCCUUCUCUGUCAUGCAGUCUCCACUCUCCAGCCUGGUAGCUGCCACUCCAGGCACAGUGAUGAAUGUGUUUAGUCCUGCCACUGCGGGGCUGCAGAGUUCUACGGUCCUGUCUCCUGCCCAGGUUGACCCCUUCUACACCCAGGGAGAGACCCUGUCUUCCGACGAUCACCUGGACGACACCUGGAUCACCGUUUUUGGGUUUCCACCAGCGUCAGCCUCCUAUAUUCUCCUGCAGUUUGCCCAGUAUGGAAACAUACUGAAACAUGUGAUGUCCAACACUGGUAACUGGAUGCACCUUCAGUACCAGUCUAAACUCCAGGCACGGAAAGCCCUCAGCAAAGAUGGAAAAGUGUUUGGAGAGGCGAUCAUGAUCGGGGUUAAAGCUUGCAUAGACAAGGCUGUGAUGGAGGGUUCGGACAGGGGCAGCUCCUCCUCCUCCGCUCCAGUGUUCACAUCCCCGGUGAAGGGCGGGAACACGCCCAGCCAGCCCGUCUCCACGCCCCGCUCUGCCAUGAGGCCCCUCAGCGCCGCCUACAAGGCCUCCGGCAGUGACUACCAGGUGGUUUCUGACAGACAGACCCCUAGAAAAGACGACAGUUUUGUUUCUAAAGCGAUGGAGUACAUGUUUGGCUGGUGAAUCAUUGCCUUCUUAAGAUUAUGAAGACCUUACAAAAACAUGUAAUGAGCAACAGUAAUGUCAACAGGUUUUUCAUUGGAACACCACCAUUGUUCAAUACCGCUGUUGUUCAUCAAGCCUCCUAGAUACAGAUGUGGGAACAUCGCACUUUAUGCUGUGAGUAGUGCAGGGUUAUGGGCCCAGGGCAGGACAUGGAGGAGUUAUGCAUUGUGAAUUUUCUGAUUUAAAGGCUAAAUGGAGACUAAUUAUGCGAUCGUAAAACAAGUCCUGCACUCUGACUACUGCAACAUCGGCUGUUGAGCAUAAUGGUUACCAAACCAGAUCAAACGGUAAACUGAUGGUGACACCAACUCGGGUUUGGAAUUGUGGCCUGAAUGGAAGUUAGAAGAAUCCAAGUCAUGCCAGGGCAACGUGGUUAGUUUGAUAUUAUGGCAAUAAGCACAAUAAUUACACAAAAAAAAAAAAAAAAAAAAAAAAGAAUUUGCUUAAAUUGGAAUCGUUUUCUGAAUUAAAGUUUUAAAAAUGGCAAAUAAUUCAAACUCCUUGAAUCUUGGCAUGCAACUUUUUUUUCUAUUUUUAUAAUGGCUCAAAGCUCCCGACAUCAGCAGAUUCCACUGGUACUAGUUUUCCUGUCUGUUUCUUAUCUUUUUAAAUUUAUCUGUAUAUAAACUUUUUGUCUUUUGUAAAAUGUAUAAUAAAUGGUGCAUAUAAUUAUCA